UUGACAUGGCGGCGGCAGGUUCCAGUUCGAAAGAUAUUUUAUCAGAAGUCAGAACAUUUAUUGCUGGCACUAGUAACGAGAAGUCCAUUAGCCAUGAGAGCUUGGCCAGAUCAGCCCUUCAUCUUCUGCAGACUCUGCCAGUGGCUAGACAUGCUGUGUUAGAACACCUCUGCUCCUUGUUUGACGAGGCCGUCAAACUCCACAUCCUCCAGAGUGAUGACCCAGCCGGUCAAGAGGAAGGAGAAUCUGAUUUAGAUGGUGUCAUACAAGACGUGUGUGGUGUUCUCUUCAACUUCAUAAAGACCAACCCUCUGGCGUGGGCACCGAUCAUCUCAAAUUGGUCACUAGAGCUGCUGGGACACAUCAGCUGUAAAUAUGCUGGUCAGUGUGGACUAUCCCCCUCCUCCUCCCUCAAUGAACUCCUCCAAAUGUGGGUCACCUGUAAACCAACAAAGUCCCUCAUGGAGGUAGCCACAGAGUGCUUUGCUGCGAUGGUUGGCAGUGCACCAGAUGUGUGUGUAGAUGCCUUACUCGAAGCCUCUGUCAAAUACAGUCCCCAUUUUGAUUGGGUUGUUGCACACAUUGGCUCCUGUUUCCCAAACACAAUUAUCACCAGAGUGUUAAUGUGUGGUCUUAAGGACUUCUGUCACCAUGGAAACAAGAGGCCAGAUAUGGAGACGAGGGGUGAUGAGAAGGUUCCUAAAAUGGACUCUGUUGUGGACAUUCUGGGUCAUCUGGCAUCUAAACACAGACAGGACAUCAGGGGGGCCCUCAUGAAACUUUUUGAGGAGAGUAUGAAGUCUGACAGUGAAGUAGUGAAGGUGACCACGGUUCCUUUUCUGUUAGAGCUGGCUUCCAGGUCAGACAUGCUUCUACAAGUCCUCAGUACGGACCUCAUCAAAUCAUUAAAUCCUGAAUUGUUAAACAAACUGCAUGUGAACUUUGAACCUUGGAGGAGAAGAAAUGCCCCAGAAUAUUUAAGUUUGAUCAGCCUGGUGGUUCAGCUGAUUAAGAAGAUUGACUUCACAACAUUAGAAGUUCUGGAAUUUCUACUGGGGAUAGCUUCACCAGACAACACAAAUAACUGUCCAUGUCCUGAGGUUCAAGAAGUUGGGGCUAUCAUUCUUAAUCGCCUCAUCUUUGAGCUCCAGAGAUCAGUCUUUCACAAGCGGAGGAAUGCAUCUAUUGAUGUCCCGUUUUUAUCCUCAUUGGUUGAUCAGUCAACAAACAUACUCAGGUUACUGCUGGACAGUAAGGGAUCAAGAGGGGACUGGUUGUUGAGGAUAGUGGCCUAUAUUGGUCUGUAUAGUGGAGAAGACUUAACAAGUGAUUUAAUGGUUUACAUAUUGUGCAAUGCAACAUCACACACUCAGCUGUGCCGCUUUGUACAGCUACAGAGCAUUGUUGAGGUGAAGCUGGGGGAUAUUCUGCCUGUGGUGGUCCAGAAAGUGACAGAUAAACUGAGGUCCUACAAAAUCCCACAGCCUAAUGUCAUACUGGGUAACAUACUGGCCAUCUUAGAGUGGGAAAAGUCAACCAAGUCUCUCAGUGAGAGAUCCACUUUGUUAUUCUGCAUAAAGAAGCAGUGGGAAGCUUUUCUGCCUUUGUUGACCAAUGAUGACCUUCACCUUGUUUUAGAGACAGUCAAGGUCAUCAAUACUCUGGAAAUCCCCACCAAUAUUUCAAGUGCUAAUGCACUCAAACUGUGUUCAACUUUACUUCAUUUCUUCUUCAGAUCAUUAGAAGUUGAAGACACAAGGCUAUCCUCAUCCAUGUUCCAUGCUUGUCGAGAGUGUCUUAAAUUCCUGUGUAAGGAGACUUUUAUCCAGUGUAUAGCUCUCAGAUUUCUCAUUGAAAGUUUGUUCAUAAAGGACAUUGCUAUUUUAUUUGGUGCAAAGCGAGAUCUUCCUAUAUCAAAGUUUGAAAAAGAGAAGAAAAAUUUUCAGUCUCUUUAUGAUGCUAACAGAAAGCAAGGCUUGUCUACAGCCCUCCACAGAUCUCAGUCCACUGUAUUUCAUGCAGGGGUCAUAGGUCAAGGGUUAAGGACAUCAACAUCAGGUCCUGUCCUCCCAAAGGUUCAUAUUGACAGAAAUAAGCAGUGUCUAAUGAGUAUUUUGAGAUGUUGUUCUCAUCAAACAACACACACAGAGGAGGUGACUUCUCCUACUGUGGAGGGGGCAAUGGAGGUUGAUGAACCCUUAAUGACUCCCUCUCAGGGCUGGAGUGUGUCUGGAGAUCUGAGCCGGAUGAUUGGGAGUUUGGUGACUGAACUGAUAACUCCAGAUGUUCUGUAUAACAACAGAUUCUGGCCGGAGGAGGAAUCCAUACAGAUGACUGUAGAGAGGGAUUUACAAAUUUACAAAACAAUGGAAGACAAUCCAGUCUUAUGGCAAAUCCUUGACCUUUAUGCUUCAAGUCCCCUGACUAUGUGUAGGUGCUCUCCCGUUCUGAAGUCUCUGACGGCAUCACUUAUGAUCCACUUUGAAUCAUCGAGAGAGAGGACAGCGAGGAAUACUCCUAAACAGCUGGAAGCAGCAAGCCAUCUGAUCAGAUAUCUUGGAAAGAGUUGUCUCCUCCCAGCUCCACUGAAACAUGUAUCUGAAUUGUUCUACCUUGCUACUUCCUAUGAGGUCUACUUACUGUUGUUGUCUGUAUGGAAAUACAUGAAGGAGUUUCCUCCCACUGAAGAUCCUGAUGAGGUCAACACAAGAGGAUGUGAACCGAGACAUGUAGAGACGAUCAAGGCGAUUAUGCAUAAUAAUAUUGACACCAUGGGGAUCUACUAUGGACGAUUUUUCUCAAUGUUUUCUUCCUCAGAUUAAUAAAAUUAAAUACACAUU